UGAUGGACCUGCAGGGAAUAUGAGGACAUAACCAAUAACAGAUCCUCCCGUCCCAUAUGCCAGGCUGUGCAUGGAAACUUGCUUUUAUUGUAGAGCUGAAUCUCGAGCAAAUGCCACAAGUAAUACCCAGACGACAUCUGACAGCACCCAUUCAGGCCAUGACCACCAGUCAAAGGCCCUGACCCUGACAUUGGUUGGUCUAAUUUGCAGGCCAUUGUUAGUGUGUACAGGGCUUGAAAAUGGAUAUUCCAGCCGUCUUGGCCAGUGGACAGGCAUUGUGGGAGAGCAGCCGUCCUCGGUGAUUUCAUAGCUAAGCUAAUGCUCUCAGUACCUGUUCCACUGGCAUGGUUAUUUUGGUGAUCUAAUUUUCCCGUUUUUCACAGGGAUCUUUCCAUCUGUUGCUGUCCGCCUUUGCCACCGUGUCGCUCAGGUUGGUAUAAUUGUCAGUUAGAUGACAGACAGGACUGCUUGCCUCUUGGGUGGGGGGGCUUUAAAUGAGUUCUGUUGGGACCUCAUUAGGCAUGCACACAGUGUGUUCAGGGGUAAUUCGUAAUGUUUUAUUAAUGUCUUUCCAUACCUGUCAUCAGGCCCAGCACCUUCCCAUCACUGUCUCUGAAUCUAUACUUAAAAAUGAAGACGAAGUGGCUGGUUUGUUGAGGAAUUGUUUGCUGCCAGCCAUAGGAGCUUAUGCUGAAACCUCUGCCGUAAAUCACAAAUCUGCGUCGCGAUGACGAAUCAUUUCUGGUCACCCGGCAGCGUCUGACACUGUGUCUGCGUCGGCGGUAGAGCCACCCCCUCACUAAUGAACAUGUCAGCAUAUGAGCCCGGGUGGGGGGCGUCGGCGGCUGCGUGUUUACUGAGGUGUCUGGCGCGGGCCAGGAGACCGGAGCUCACGUGCGAAGUCCUGCUGGCUCUCUUAGAUGUGCAAGUGGUUGCCAUGGCUCUCGCUCCCACAGGAGGGGAAGCGGAGCCUGGUGGCAAAAUUACCCGUCUCAUCCGACACCUGUGGCACAUCGCCGGAAGCUUCUAACUGGAAAGGUCCCUUUGGAGCGGCAGAGGAGAAGAUGGGCUGCAGCAUGGAUACCAAACGGCGCAUCCACCAACUCGGCCAAGGCCAGACAACUGCUUCAUGUGAUUCUGGAUGGUUUUAGACUCUUCAGGCAUCAGUCUCACCGUUUUAUAUGUCGAGCUGUUAUUAACUGGAUUCUUUUGCCUGGCCUACAUGGUUGGCUCCACAGCAGCGUUAGAGAAUUUAAGAUUAAAACAGGAUUGAGCCUAUUUGGUUUCAGUUUCAUUCCAUAGUCACUGAUUGCAGACAAAGGACUUGUGUUGAACUCAACAGAGUGAAGAAUUGAGCAGUCUGCAGUAAUUCAAUUGCUGGCCUUCACAUUUUGGUUUGACUGAUGAUCUUGAGGGCGCACGACUGUAUUACUAUAGCAACCGUGGAAAGAUUGAGUGCCAGCUCUCGUCGUAUCCAGCGAUUGAUUUCUGUCUCCGAGUGUGCCAUUGCCAACUCUUCAUGGAACAUUGUCGGUGGCUGAGAGAGCAGACAGCCUUGCUCAGAUUUUACCUCUUCAUCUUUGGCUCGCAAUUCGCGCUCUCUGUUUUGUCUGCGGCGUUGGGCGCGGAUGCAAGGGAGUGUCUGGGGUGCGCCAGGGUCACGAGGACACUGCACAGAUGAGACCACCCGAUACCACCCAACACAGGAAGGCUCUGCCGUAAUUAAGGAAGUCGUUUGGGAGUGCACCACGCUUUAGCCUCGGGCCGAAUCAGCGUUCCCGCCCCCUCUGCGGUGGUACGGUCUUGAGCGGAGUAUCAGUGCACCAGCGAUGAACUACAUAUUUGGCGGCAACACCUUAUACUCCCGGGGGAGCCGGGGUGGCAGCACCAGCUCGGCGCACGGAGGCCCGGUGGGGCCCCGGCUCCGCCACUGGUCCAUGCGCAGCUCGUCCGACGAGCCCACAGAGCCUGGCCAGUCUCGCUGGCAUCACAUCCUCGCCAUCCUUGCUCGCCUCAAUGCCUUCAACGACUGCGUCACUCUUCGAGCCAGCCAGGUAAGGCAGACAGAUGCUUCCCCGCCCUCCGCUCCCAUAAUCCCUGUGAUCCCAAUCUCGCCUGUCCCAGCGGAGACCGCCGUCAUCCCUUCGCCAACGUCACAGGCCAAUCCUGCCCCCGUCGUCGUGAACACGGAGAGUUUGGAGUCAGCCCCGUAUGUCAAUGGCACAGAGGCGGACUACGAGUAUGAGGAGAUUACUCUCGAGAGGGGGAACUCGGGCCUGGGCUUCAGCAUCGCUGGCGGCACCGACAACCCGCACAUCGGAGAAGACCCCAGUAUCUUCAUCACCAAGGUCAUCCCCGGGGGUGCGGCUGCUCAGGACGGCCGACUGCGGGUGAAUGACGUUAUCCUGCGUGUGAAUGAGGUGGACGUCAGGGACGUGACCCACAGCAAAGCCGUGGAGGCGCUGAAGGAGGCUGGCUCGCUCGUCCGCCUCUACGUCAGGAGGAGGAAGUCCGUCUCCGAGAAAAUCGUUGAGAUCAAACUGGUUAAAGGACCCAAAGGUCUUGGUUUCAGUAUAGCAGGGGGCGUAGGGAAUCAGCACAUCCCAGGGGACAACAGCAUCUACGUCACCAAGAUCAUAGAAGGAGGAGCUGCACACAAAGACGGGCGGCUGCAAAUAGGAGAUAAACUUUUGGCUGUGAACAGCACAUGUCUAGAGGAGGUGACCCACGAGCAGGCUGUGACCGCCUUGAAAAACACAACAGACGUCGUCUACUUGAAAGUAGCAAAACCCAACAAUGUCUUCAUGAAUGACAACUUCGCCCCUCCAGACAUCACUAACUCUUAUUCCCAACACAUGGAGAACCAUAUCAGCCCGCCGAGCUUCCUGAGCCAGCCAGUGCCCCCCACCACCUCGGGGCCCUACUCCCCCACUCCGAGGCCCACCGGCGGGGACGACGACAUCACCAGAGAGCCCAGGAAAGUGGUCCUGCACCGUGGAGCCACAGGUCUGGGCUUCAACAUCGUGGGCGGCGAGGACGGUGAAGGCAUCUUCAUCUCCUUCAUCCUGGCAGGCGGCCCCGCUGACCUGAGCGGAGAGCUGAUAAAAGGAGACCGCCUCGUCUCGGUGAAUGGUGUGGACCUUCGCAGUGCCACUCACGAGCAAGCAGCCGCUGCCCUGAAGAAUGCCGGCCAAAUCGUCACCAUCAUCGCCCACUACAGACCAGAGGAGUACAGCCGUUUUGAGGCUAAGAUCCAUGACCUGCGGGAACAGAUGAUGAACAGUAGCAUCAGCUCUGGAUCAGGCUCUCUGAGGACCAGUCAGAAAAGAUCUCUAUAUGUUAGGGCGCUGUUCGACUACGACAAAACCAGGGACUCUGGCCUGCCCAGUCAGGGCCUGAACUUCAAGUUCGGCGACAUCCUGCACGUGGUGAAUGCCUCUGAUGACGAGUGGUGGCAGGCACGGCAAGUCACCCCCGAGGGCGAGGUCGAGGAGAUGGGGGUGAUCCCCAGCAAGAGGAGAGUGGAGAAGAAAGAGAGAGCCAGGUUAAAGACAGUCAAGUUCAACUCCAAAUCACGCAACAGAGGGGACAACCCAGACGACAUGCAAUCCAAAGGACAGAAGCAUGUCACCUCUAAUGCCAGUGAUAGCGAAAGUAGUUACCGUGGCCAGGAGGAGUACGUGCUAUCCUACGAGCCCGUGCAUCAGCAGGAAGUGAACUACACUCGGCCAGUGAUCAUCCUCGGCCCAAUGAAGGACAGAGUCAAUGAUGACCUGAUAUCAGAGUUCCCUGACAAGUUUGGCUCCUGUGUUCCUCACACGACCCGACCCAAGCGGGACUACGAGGUGGACGGGCGGGACUACCACUUCGUGGUGUCACGCGAGCAGAUGGAAAAAGACAUCCAGGAGCACAAGUUCAUUGAGGCGGGCCAGUACAACAACCACCUGUACGGCACCAGCGUGCAGUCUGUGCGCGAGGUGGCUGAGAAAGGCAAACACUGCAUUCUAGAUGUAUCAGGCAACGCCAUCAAGAGACUGCAGGUCGCCCAGCUCUAUCCCAUUGCGAUCUUCAUCAAACCAAAAUCAGUGGAAAACAUUAUGGAGAUGAACAGGAGACUGACAGAGGAGCAGGGCAGGAAGACAUAUGACCGAGCCAUGAAGUUGGAGCAGGAGUUCACAGAGCACUUCACAGCCAUUGUCCAGGGGGACACCUUAGAGGAAAUAUAUGAUCAAGUCAAGCAGAUCAUCGAGGAACAGUCUGGGCCAUACAUAUGGGUACUGUCCAAGGAAAAACUAUGAACAACUGCAAGAUCCAUUCUCCUCCUCUUUCAGUGUUGUAUUUAUUUUUUUUGUUGUUCAUUUUUUUUUCUAAACAAAUUAAUCUCUGACUCUUCAGUCUCCCUCCAAUAUCACUUCACAGUCUCAUCCUUCUAAAGUCGUGCACCACACCUGUGAGCCCCUACCAGUAACUCUUCAGCAGGUGUUCCACAAGUGUGGAUAUUAUGUCCUCCUCUAUUCCCACUGCUUCCAACUUAGAGAGAGGCGGUAAACAAGACCAGCAUCCAUUACCAAGGCUUUGGAAACGGUACAGUUCCUUAAUGUUUAAGGGAGGUUUUACUUUAUAAGGAAGGAGAGAUACAUAGACUGAGCUGGAUCAUUUUUAUUUUCCUCGUUGUGUAAGGUAUAACAAAAGUUGAGUCUCAGGCAUUGGAAUCAUAAAAUAGAGGAAAACAAAUCACAAAAAGCAAAACUUUGCACGUUAUAGCUUUAAGAGCAUGUGUUCUUUAACCUUUUUUCCUUGUUCCUUUUUGUCCAUAGUCCCAUGUUUUCAGAAACAUUUACCAUAGUUCGAUUUCUUUUCUUUUUCUUGACUGUUGGCGCGCAUAUUUCGAUCUUCAUUAAAUUUUCAUGUUAGAGAGCCUUUUCAUGGGUUUUGCUUUUUUUGUUUUGAUCUUAUUAGUUUCUAGGAACAAGUCAACAUCAAAACGUCAUUGUUAAAUGCUGUUUUUUUUUUUCUUACUUUCUGAUCAGUGUCUUACAUUUUCAGUACUUUUAUUUUACAUGUAGGAAAGUCUGUAAGGAACUGCCAUUUUAAGAGAUGUCCAUGUACAUCAAUGGCUUCAAUUGCCAGUGCAUACAUGAAAGAAAUUUAUUGUACAAUGAAAUAACAGAUAUUUAACCCUCCAUGAACUGCCUAUUUUGUUAUAAUAAAAGACUAUAUUGAACUUUACUUAAGCACUACUACUAUGGGAGUUAUUUUCUUUACAUUGUAAGACAUGUAAAAACAAGGAAAUUUACAGAGACUCUUACGGAUAUAUAUUUUUUUCCUUCUUCCGUUUACCACCUUUGUCAUUCAUUUUCCUGUAUGGAAGCAACCUCUGUGGAAGAGGGCAGUGAGUGGAGUGUGUCUGCACAGAGACCAGACACCGAAGCUAGCACACGCGUGCAGCGUUCAAGUACGAUCACGCUUAGCGCUACUCCGGCACCUAGUUCACUCUCUCUCCCUCUGCCUCAAGCCGAGCUCUGUCUCCUUGUGUGUGUUCCGUAAGUCUUUACUGCAUGGAAGAGAUUAGUGCCUGGUCUGUUCCCCUUCCCAGCUGCGGAGAGCCUGAACAGGAAGGAAUGAGUUCCACGUGGCUGGGUCAAGUGGCCCACGCUCCCCAUAGAGACUUCUCCUUUUCUAAACCUGUCCAGGAGAGGGCACCCUGCCUAGCUCUUCUCAUGACCUGAUUGUUUUCUAUAAGACUGCUUGUUCUACCACAUCACCACUUCUGCUUUUUAGUGACACUUUGGGACUGAAAAAAAGAAUACAUGUAAAUAACCUACUGAUGAUUCAUUCCGUUGAUCAAGAACCAGAGGAGAACGGCUACUUCAACAAAUAAAACGGUGUUUCUCAUACA